AUGGAGAUGACGGCCAUCUGUCGCCGAUUCCUCCACAACGAGUUUGACGAGCGGUACCGGCCGACCUUCGAGGAGCAGUACUCCCGGACGUUCCAUCUGGGCAGCACGCGCCUCGAUGUGGACGUGCUGGACACGUGCGGUGACAACAGCUUUCCGGCCAUGAGGAGGGUCUCCAUUGCGCAUGCGCAGGCCUUCCUGCUGGUGUUCAGCGUGGACAGCCACGCCUCCCUCCUGCAGGCCGCCGACUGCUUCAGCGAGAUCCGCAAGCUGCGUGAAGACUUCCGCGAGGUGCCCACCUUCCUCGCCGGUAACAAGAGCGACGUGCCGGCAGACCAGCGCGAGGUCAGCAACAUCACCGCCACCAACUGGUUCUACUCCAAGAUGUCGUCGAACAGAAAGGCGGCGGUGAAGCGCACCUCCCAGCGCUGA